CCAUAACAAGCCGGAGGAGGAUCAACCUGCUUCCGGUUCAUUUGAAACAUUUUUUUCCCCCACCCCCUGCCUUCAAUUCUCCUUUCCGCAAUCGGAAGUCUAUUUUUAAAACCGUGAUCAUCUUGUCACAUGGCUUUGGAGAAUUCAAUAACAACAAAAAAAUGGCGACACUCACGUUGCUCCGUGUGCUCUUGCUGCGUCAUUAAAAAUAUUCAUGUCAACACGGGACGCUAAACGGGCGGAACGCAGUGCAGAGGGUUGGACUGGAGGAGGAGGAGGAGCAGCCGCCACUCAGAACAGACACCACCCGCGGGGGCGGAGCCUGCGAGGAGAAUCAUAACAAGUCUGACAUCACUCGCCCUUUGGAACCGGUAUGAAUAAUGAAAUAUACUCUGUUUGUCUCUGCCAUGCCAUAAUAGGAACAAGGAUGUGGGAGGAAAUGUUUUGAUGAGAACGAGCCCUCUGCUAUGAAACAAAAACAAAACCAAAAAAAAAAAAAUCCCCAUUUUGGAGAAAUUCAGUUUUUUUUCUGCACAAGGAAAAGCAUCCUCACCGUUUUGUGUUAUUCACAACAAAAUGACGAAACUGAUUUUGUACCUCGUAGCGUGCACGUGCAGUCAAAACUGCUGAAAGGAUUGUCGGUACCCCCCUACCCACCAUUGAGGACUUGCACUCUGCCAGAACUAAGACAGGGGCGUGCAAAAUCCUCUCGGACCGUCCGCACCCCGGUCACCAGCUCUUCCAGCUCCUUCCCUCAGUUUCUGGAUGCCACAUCAUUGGGUGAUGGAGUUGAGCAGGCUCCUCUGUGGAAAAAUGAAGCGAUCCAACAGGAGGACCCCACUCACCUCUUCUCCUUCUUCCUCUUGGGGCUUGGAAAUCCACUUUUAUUUACCAGAUGUACAUCAGCUGGAGUUCUUCAAAGGUUGCUACACUUCAGAGGAUCUGUGUGUGGAGGCUGCCAAGAAAUGCUCGAUUUCUCCUUUGUGCCAUAACCUCUUUGGGCUGUACAAUGAGGUGACUGGCAUGUGGUGCCCACCAAACUAUGAGUUCAAGAUCACGGAUGAGACCAGCAUUAAGUUACAUUAUCGCAUGAGGUUUUAUUUCAGGAAUUGGCAUGGCACCAAUGAAGGUGAGUCUCCAGUUUGGAGACAUUGCAUCAGUAAAAUUAAAGGAGGCCAGCAGAAAACACCUGAAGGAACACCACUCUUGGACGCUGCAUCGCUGGACUACCUGUUUUACCAGGGCCAGCAGGAUUUUCACACGGGUAUGGUACCCCUUCGAACAUGCCUGUCUGAGGCAGAGCAGCAUGAGAUCGAAAAUGAGUGCCUGGGAAUGGCUGUGCUAGCCAUUACCCACUAUGCCAUGAGCAUGGGUGUGCCCCUGCCCACUGCUUCUCAAGAACUCAACUUUAAGCGUUUCAUUCCAGAGGCGCUGAACGCAAACAUAAAGCAGCGUAACAUUUUGACCCGCAUCCGCAUCAACAAUGUCUUCAAGAAAUUCCUCAGUGAGUUCAACCACCGAACCGUCAAGGUCAGCGACAUCACUUUAUACGACCUGAAGAUAAAGUAUCUGGCUACUCUGGAGGGGCUGACCAAUGGCCUGGGCUGUGAGUUAAUGGAGCCCAUUUCACUCAGUGUAACACAAGAAGGAGACGUCGUGAAUGGAGGAAAUUUUGCGUACUACAACCAGAUCCAAGGACAGAGGCAAAACCAGGGCAUGGAUACUUGGCAUGAUGUACAAGUAUGCGUGUCUGGUACAACAGGCAUUUCCUGGAGGAAGAAGCCCCCCACAAUACUGGUGAUUUCUAAAGCGAAAGGAAGGUCAAAGAAGAAUAAGUUAAAUGGAAAUCUGAGAAAAAAUGAAGCUGAUGACGGCUGGGAGAGAUUCUGCGACUUCCAUGAGAUCAUGCAUGCUGCCAUCAAAGAGGCCACAGUCACAAUUCACAGACAGGAUCACAAGAAAAUGGAGCUGCGUAUGGCAUCUUGGACUGAGGCUCUAUCCUUUACAGCCCUUGUGGAUGGAUACUUCAGGCUAACAGUGGAUGCCCACCACUACCUGUGCAAGGAGGUGGCUCCUUCUUCAGUGGUGCACAACAUCAAGAAUGGCUGCCAUGGCCCCAUUUGUACGGAGUAUGCCAUCCAAAAACUGCGUCAUGAGGGUAAUGAGGAGGGCAUGUACAUUCUACGCUGGAGCUGCACUGACUACCAGUACAUCAUCAUCACUGUGGUGUGCAAUGAGCUUGACCUCAGGGAAUCCCGCCCUGUGCGACAGUAUAAAAACUUCCAGAUUGAAGUGACUCCGGAUGAGUUCCGCCUUUAUGGCACAGAAACAGCAAGGCCCACUCUAAGGGCGCUAUUGGAGCACCUGGAGGGCCAGAGUCUUCGCUCUGACAAUCUCCACUUCCAUCUGCUCUGCUGCUGUCCUCCUCAACCUCGAGAGAUCUCCAAUUUGCUGGUGGUCACAAACGAUAGAGCACCGGUACCACAGACAUCGAUGCAGGACUGCCAGGUCAUUAUCCAUCGCAUACACAAGGAAGAAAUUGAACAGGAGGAGCAUCUUGGUCUCGGCACAAGAACAAACAUCUUCUGCGGAACGCUGAGGGUAAAAAGUGAUGAGGAUGCAGGUUACGGAUCCUUCCAAGAGUUUAAGGUGGUGCUCAAAGUGCUGGGUUCAAGACACAGAGAUAUUUCCCUGGCCUUCUUUGAAACAGCAAGUAUGAUGCGGCAAGUUUCCCAUAAGCACAUCGUGCUGCUGUAUGGCGUUUGUGUUCGCCAUCUAGAGAAUAUCAUUGUGGAAGAGUUUGUGGAACAAGGACCGCUGGAUUUGUUCAUGAGGAGACAGCAAAACCCACUUAGCACAGCUUGGAAGUUCCAGGUGGCCAAGCAGCUGGCCUCAGCUCUCAGCUAUUUGGAGGACAAAAAAUUGGUCCAUGGCUUUGUGUGUGCAAAGAACAUUUUGUUGGCUCGAGAUGGCCUGGACGCUGAUGAAGGAGGACCCUUUAUCAAGCUCAGUGACCCAGGAAUACCAGUCACUGUGCUCACCAGAGAAGAGUGUGUCCAUCGCAUACCCUGGAUCGCGCCUGAGUGUGUGAAGAGUGUGUCUUCCCUGAGUGUUGCAGCUGACAAGUGGGGCUUUGGGACAACCCUAUGGGAAAUUUGCUAUGAUGGAGAGGAGCCACUUAAAGAAAAGAAGCUCACUGAGAAGGAAAGGUUUUAUGAAACCGAGUGCCAGCUUGCGACCCCUGAGUACAGAGAGUUAGCUGAACUGAUGAUCCACUGCAUGAACUAUGACCCAAAGAAGAGACCUUUCUUCAGGGCUAUUGUCAGAGACAUUGACAAACUGGAAGAAAAAAAUCCAUCCAUCAAACCACAGCCUGCACCUGAAGUGGAUCCAACUGUUUUUGAAAAGAGAUUCCUGAGGAUUAUCAGAGAUCUGGGACAGGGCCACUUUGGAAGGGUGGAGUUGUGUCGCUAUGAUCCCCGAGGAGAUCGAACUGGCGAAUUAGUGGCAGUGAAGUCUCUAAAGCCAGAGAAUGGACAGGAGAAGGGCAACAAUCUCUCGAGUGAAAUUAAUAUACUGAAGGCCCUCUACCAUGAAAACAUUGUCAAGUACAAGGGCAUUUGCCUGGAGGAAGGUGGUCGGGCCACUAAGCUGAUAAUGGAGUUUCUUCCUCUGGGAAGUUUGAAAGAUUACCUGCCCGACAACAAAAGCAAGAUCAGUCUCAGCACGCUGCUCACCUACUCCACUCAAAUAUGCCGGGGAAUGGAGUACCUGGGAUCUCAAAAUUACAUCCAUCGUGACCUGGCUGCCCGAAACGUGCUGGUGGAGAACGAGCGGACAGUGAAGAUUGGAGAUUUUGGCCUGACCAAAAGCAUUAAGGACAAUGAGGUCUAUUACACAGUCAAGGAUGACAAUGAUAGCCCUAUUUACUGGUACGCUCCGGAAUGCCUGACACAAUGUAAGUUCUACCUCGCAUCGGAUGUUUGGUCUUUUGGGGUGACCAUGUAUGAGCUCAUCACCUACUGUGACCCCAACAAGACCCCCAUGCAGCUGUUCUCCAAAAUGCUUGAUUCAGCUCAAGGUCAGAUGAUCAUUGUUCAUUUGGUCGGUGUGCUGGACGAGGGGAAGAGGUUACCACAACCUGAUGGCUGCCCUGAACUUGUGUAUGAUGUGAUGCGCAAGUGCUGGGAACACACCCCCGAGAGGCGAAUCACCUUCAAGCAGCUCAUCGACGAGCUGAGCAACAUGCAGCAGCAGCUCGGCUCUCCCGAAUGAAACGUCACCUUGGAUCAGGGCCUCGCUCGCUCGUUCUCCGAAGCCACGCGCUACUAACCUGUAGGAUCUCACUUCUGUUAGGCAUGCUCUUCUCUAAUAUGAUAAUCGGCGGCGUCUUAACAAUCCCAGCUCAUCGUGUGACCCUAAGGACCUCAUCUUAUGGAUGAGAGUGCUCACGUCAACCAUUGUGCGUGGCUGGAUGUUUGUUUUUAUUUUCAUUUAAUUCUGAGUGCCACUUCUCUAAGAGCUCCGGAGCCUCCUGAGCCAUGGAAUCACGUGUGACACUUUAGGUGGAAGUUUGGGCCAGCACUCAUUUGCACACGACCAGAAAAUCUCCACUGAUUUGUCCUUUUCAGGAUUAUGCACCUGAGCUGAGGAUGUCGUCGUCAUACAUUGAUAGCGCGUCAUCCUGAUUGCUAAUCAGUGGCACCUACAUGGCUCGCACUUCUUGUAUGUAUAUUCUCCUUUGCUAGCUCGACAUUUAAGGUCUGAUGACGUUUGACAAAGUUAUUUUUUCAAAAAAAACAAAACAACAAAACAAAAGUUGCAGGACUGAUGAAUCUCACCUUACUUGUUAGUUUAUGUGGCAUUCUCAGUUGAAAUGUAUUUUACAUUUGACAGUAACGUAGCGCUCUGCACGUGAGAGGCUUUGAGCAAGACUUUAACGUGACGGAGACAGAAAGGACACACUUGAGUCCACGCUUUAAUUAGGAAUGUAAAAGACAAUUCCUUUUAAAAGAAAAAAAGACAACAGUUUGACUCAUGGAAGGUAAAAUGUCCAUAGUUAUACAAUUGAAAAAUAAAUAAAACAACUGUCUUCUUUGUCUUUCCAAAUGUAAUAUUAACUAACUCAUGAAGAUAUACAUGGUGUGUGUGUAUAUACUGUAUGUAACCGUUGCAAAUUUCCCUGGAAAUACUGCAUUCAAAGUGAUAUAAAAUAUAGCAAAAUCUACAAUCAGUAUAUCAGAUCCCCAAUAAAUAAAAGCCUUAUGUUUACAACGUG